AUGCUCCGCCGUCUGGCGCUCCGUCCGCGCGUCCUCGCCGCCGCCAGCGCCGCCGCCGCUUGCGCCGCUGCGACGUUCGCCCACGCCUCGCCGUCUGAGCCGCUCGAUGGCAAAGUCGCGCUGGUCACCGGGGCCUCACGAGGCAUCGGCUUCGCCAUCGCCGAGGCGCUGGCGGCGCAGGGAGCGCACACGGUCCUCACCGGCACCAACCCGGCCACCGUGGAGGAUGCACGCCGGCGCCUGCUCGAGAGGAACCCGGCUGCCUCUUGUUCUGCAGUCGCGUUCGACGUCGGCGACGAGGUGCAGUGCGUCGCCGCGGUGGCCGCACUCGUGGCGGAGCACGGCAGAAUCGACAUUCUCGUCAACAACGCCGGGCUCAACCGUCGCCACACGCUCGACGAGUUUGCGACGGCCGAGUUUGAGCACGUGCUGCGCGCGAAUCUGGUCGGCCCGUUUGUGCUCUCUCGCGAGUGCGCCAGGAGCAUGCGGCAGCGGGGCUGGGGCCGCAUCGUCAACGUGGGCUCGAUCAUGUCGCACGUCGGCCGGAUGGGCCUGCCCGGGUACAACGCGUCCAAGGCCGGGAUCGAGGGCCUGACGCGCAGCCUCGCGUCCGAGCUCGGCGGCGAGGGCAUCACGGUCAACAUGGUGGGGCCCGGCUACAUCGAGACGGACCUGACGGCCUCGCUCAAGGGCAACCGCGGCUUCUCCGACGAGGUCAACAGCCGCACGCCGGUUGGCCGGUGGGGGCAGCCGCACGAAAUCGCGGGGCCCGUCGCCUUCCUCGCCUCUCCGGCGGCGUCGUACGUCAACGGCGCGACGCUCAUCGUGGACGGGGGUAUGAUCGAGACCUUCCACUUCGGUGGCGCUGGCGCGGCGCACGCACCGCCCGGCUCCGCGGCCAGGGCGACGAGCUGA